AUGGACAAUCAUACAACAAUGUGUGAAUUCGAUUAUUGGGUUUUAAGUGACAAGUUCAAGGCAAUUGUAUCAUCAUUCGACGAAUACGAACGAAAUAUUGCAAACGAAUUAAUAAUUAAUUAUUCCGUCAAUUAUUCACUCGAACAACUUACCGAAUUGUAUAAUUAUCAUCGUUUCGGUUAUAAAGGUCCUUAUUAUUUAUAUUAUGGAAAAUACGAACUCAUUUUCAUCUAUUCAAUAUUAAAUCGUGUAAUGAAUAUUGGCAUUGACAAUCUUGAUAGACCAACUCUAAAAUUAUUGAUUCCGUAUUUUAAUGAUUGGUACAUACGUGAUGGCAUAUCUGGUGCCUGGAGUGUUCUGCUGGAUGUUUAUAACAGAGAACAACGCGAACUUGAAGAGGCCGGAUUUUAUGAUGAUUCUCUGGUUUCUGGUAUCAGCCUAGAAGAUGCCAAAGCCAGUACAGAAGCUCUCUUAGGGGAGAGUAUGGAAGAGUGUACUAUUCCCUCUUCCAGUACGGAGUUAGAAGACUUCGCUAUUAUAGAAGCAACUCCCUCUGAAGAGCCUCUCCCAUCAUUUAUUAAUGAUGUAGACUCUAAUGAUUGGUAUUGUUAG